AUGGAGUAUGUACAUCCCGAAAUCCAUCUACAACGACGAACCAGUAGAUUUGCGAGACUUAACAACCUAUUAGUGGACAUGGUUGAUUAUACUCGCAUGAACCCUCUAGCAAAUCUCAUGUUGAUCAUGAAAUACACGCCUGAGGAUGAAGACAUAGAGCUUGUCAGGAUUGUAAACGAGGUGAAAAAAAGAAAUUACAAUGUUUUUUUAGUAGUUGGUGAUAAUCAAGAUCGAGACAAUUGCGGAUACCCAUCAGAUGUACUACCUGGUUGCACCAUAUGGACUUGGACAAGCCUAGUAAGUGGAGGACCCUCUUGCACAAGUGAUGAAGAGGAUGAUGAAGAGGAUGAUGGAGAGGAUGUCACAAUGUUCUUUUAG